CAGAGAAGGCUUUCACACCGCCGUUGCAGCCAUGUCUCUUGUAAUCCCCAAGAAGUUCCAGCACAUUUUGAGAGUGCUCAACACCAACAUUGAUGGAUGGAGGAAAAUAGCUUUUGCCAUCACAGCCAUCAAGGGUUUGGGUCGAAGAUAUGCCUAUGUAGUACUGAGAAAUGUAGACAUUGAACUCACCAAGAGGGCUGGUGAGCUCACUGAAGAUGAGGUGGAGUGUGUGAUCACCAUCAUGCAGAAUCCUCGACAAUACAAGAUUCCAGACUGGUUCCUUAACGGGCAGAAGGAUGUAAAGGAUGGAAAAUAUAGACAGGUUCUGACCAAUGGUCUGGACAAUAAGCUUUGUGAGGAUCUGGAGCGACUGAAAAAGAUUUGGGCACAUCGUGGGCUUCGGCACUUCUGGGGUCUCUGA